UCCAUCGCUUCUCCUUCUCCACGCAGCUGAUCGAUCACUGUCCAGCACACCUGGCUAGCUGUUCAAGGACGUCGUGCAGAUCCCUGAGCUGCUAGCGGCUGUGCAGCCAACAGUGUUGUUUUAAUUAGCUACAUAUCCAUCAACGUAUUUAAUCUAGGAUCUCGAUCGAGAUCAUGAAGAUCACCGUGCAGUCCACCAAGGCCGUCAAGCCGGCCUACCCCGGCGGCGAGGCUCCGGCCGGCGCGCCGGGCGUCGUGCCGCUCACGGUGCUCGACAAGGCCAACUUCGACACGUACAUCUCCGUCAUCUACGCGUUCCGGCCCCCGGCCCCGGACAACGCCGCGCUCGAGGCGGGGCUCGCCCGGGUGCUGGUCGAGUACCGCGAGUGGGCGGGGCGGCUCGGCGUGGACGCCCAGGGGAACCGCGCCAUCCUGCUCAACGACGAGGGCGCGCGGUUCGUCGAGGCCACCGCCGACGUCGCGCUUGACAGCGUCAUGCCGCUCGAGCCCACGCCCGCGGUGCUCGCCCUGCACCCCAGCGGCGACGACGCCGUCGAGCUCAUGCUCAUCCAGGUCACCCGCUUCGCGUGCGGCUCCCUCGUCGUGGGGUUCACCACGCAGCACAUCGUCGCCGACGGCCGCGCCACCGGCAACUUCUUCAUCGCGUGGAGCCAGGCCACCCGCGGCGCGGCCCUGGACCCGGUCCCCGUCCACGACCGCGAGUCCUUCUUCAGGCCCCGCGACCCGCCGCUGGUGGAGUUCGAACACCGCGGCGUCGAGUUCAAGCCCUACGAGAAGCACGCGGUGGAGAGCCACGCCGGCGACGCGGAGGAGGAGGAGGAGGUCGUGGUCCAGAAGGUCCACUUCAGCCGGGAGUUCAUCUCCAGGCUCAAGUCCCGGGCGUCGGCGGGCAUGCCGCGGCCGUACAGCACGCUGCAGUGCGUGGUGGCGCACCUGUGGCGGUGCAUGACGACGGCGCGCGGGCUGGACGAGGGCCAGUCCACCAGCGUGUGCAUCGCCGUGGACGGGCGCGCGCGGAUGAGCCCGCAGGUCCCCGACGGCUACACCGGCAACGUGGUGCUGUGGGCGCGGCCCACCGCCAGGGCCGGCGAGCUGGUGGCGAAGCCCCUGCAGCACGCGGUGGGGCUCAUCAACCGGGAGGUGGCCCGGAUCAACGACGGCUACUUCAAGUCGUUCAUCGACUUCGCCAGCUCCGCGGCGGUGGACAAGGAGCGGCUGGUGGCGGCGGCCGACGCGGCCGAGAUGGUGCUGAGCCCCGACAUCGAGGUCGACAGCUGGCUGCGGAUCCCGUUCUACGACCUCGACUUCGGCGGCGGCCGGCCCUUCUUCUUCAUGCCCAGCUACCUGCCGGUGGAGGGCCUGCUCAUCCUGCUGCCAUCCUUCGUCGGGGACGGCAGCGUGGACGCCUACGUGCCGCUCUUCAGCCGCGACAUGGACACCUUCAAGAACUGCUGCUACGCCAUGGAAUAGGCUGCCUGUUGUUUGUCCUAUUGGUUGGUUCAUUCGAUUGCCAAUGCUGUUUCUUUUUUUUUUCGGUGGCAAAUUGCCGAUGCUGUAUAAU